AUGAGAAUGGAUUAUCAUGACAGAGGCACCCAUUGUAUGAGUAUAAAACAGCACAUUUUUUUUAUUAACAAGAAAAGCAAUGGCUAUGGAAAAAGAAGUUCUGGGCUUGUCAGCAAAGCGAUUUUGGGUUGCCACGAUAACGCAACGAACGCUGACUAUGAGCAAGAGAGUGAUGGAACAACAAGUAGCAACCACAGCUGCACAAGUAACGAUGUGAGUGCGUACCACCCAACUGAAGCAAGUGUCAGCGAAGGCUACAGCAGCACUGGUAGUACAAUAACCCGCCUCAGUUAUACCAACCGAGGGUCAACUGAUCAUAUGGAGAAUUUUAAAAGCUCCACAAGUAAAAGACCUUCGAAGAAUAAACCCAGCAGGAAUAGAAUCAAGAAUGAGUUAAAGAAUGGCAUAAAGGAUGCUGCACGGAAUAGACGCAAAAGUGGCUCUCUUUCAUUCAGAAGAAAUGUACCUCCCAGUGAAAAAAACGAUUCUUCGAGUCGUGUCAACAAUAAUGAUCUCACACACAGUAGCAGGUGGUGCACACCAAAUGGGGUUAUGCCUGUGGAAGAAAAUAAUAUGAAUGACAAGGUUAAUUAUGCCCCAUGUACACAGAAGGAGGAAGAUAAGACAUUAGAAAAUGGGGAAAAUAUUCCCACGACAAUUGUUACCUCCGUAAGUUGUGUCUACGAGGCAGAUUUAAAUCAGUUCGUGGAAGAACAAACGGGGCACUUAUUGAGUGAAGCUAAUAAGAGGAUAAUAAGUGAUGGAAGCAAUGAUCAAUGUGAUGAUUACAAGGAGGGUAGCGCUCAGAAUCACAUGGACGGUAUGUUCAGCAAUCACGCACAUGCGACAGAGGAUGUAGAUUACCAUUUUAGUGACAGCGGUUCGGACGUGGAUCGGACAGGCAGUUGUGAACCCCCGUCGAGGAUGUCACGGGGUAGUAGUGACAGUGUGAGUAGUGUUAAUCGCCAUAGUGCAAUUCCCGCUUUGCUAAGAAGCAUUGAUCCAGUGAUGAGCAGUAGGAGGACCACCCCUACAGAUGCUGACCACAUUGAUGUGGUCGAAAGGGUCCACGGUGCCAUUGAACUUCCAUACAUUGAGUUAUCCCCAAUUGAGCAAACCAUGGUGCAUAUAAGGAACUCGAAUAAUAUCAGCGAGGAAAAACAGGGUGGUACCAACAAAGCAGCAGAUGGACACAGCAAAGAGGUUAACAAUUAUAAGGGAAACGCCAACGCCAAUAAUAAUAAUAGUAAUAGUAAUAAUAAUAGUAAUAAUAAUAACAAUAAUAAUAACAAUAGUAAUAAUAAUAGCAGCAGCGGGAAUAAUAACAAUAAUGGUAAUGGCGGUAGCAGCGGCAACCGAAGCGGGAACAGCAAUAGGGAUAGUGGCAAGGAUGAUGAUAAAGAUGGUCAUAGGGAUGGUCGAAGAGAUGGGCGAAAGGAUGGUCAUAAGGAUGACGACAACGAAAGCAAUAAGGAGGAUGAUGAAAACGACAACAAGAAUAACAACAAAAAUAACAGAGGAGGAAAUGCAAAAAAUAAUAGCGCGGAUAGAAGAAAUGACUGCAGCGCGAAGGAUAACAAUGUGGGUAGAGGGGAAAAGAAAAAAAAGAAUGUGAAGGAUCCCAUGAUGAGUAAAGGAAAUAAUGGAAAGAACAACAACAGUGCGAACAACUCUGGGAACAGCACAAACAGUGCAAGUAAGCAUGUGCCUAGUAAUACGAAUAGUAACACUUCUUAUCCCUGUGGAAAUGUGGACAACCAUCAAAAUAAUGCCCUCUCGUAUGCGAACAUAAUUUCCGGAAAAUCGAAAAACAGAACAAAGUGCAACACCGCUUCUUCUGUGGGCACAAUGAAUGAGUUACCCAAUAAUGUGAAUAACAAAAUGUUCACCAGUUCUGUUAAUGCUUUUGAGAAUAAUGAUAGCUUUUUGAGCAUCGAUGACAACAUGAACAGUUGUAACACGAGCAACAUGGAGAUGAGAAUGUUUAACCAAGUCAAUGGAAUGGGCGUAUCCGGCGGAUUGAAUGGGCUAAAUAUGCCAGGGGGACCGGGCGGACCAGGCGGACCAGGCGGACCAACUGGCCUAAACGCUAUGUACAACUUAAAUGGGAUGGGUGGUGGUCUAAACAGAAUGGGCAACCCAAACGACAUAAAUUCCCUAAAUAACAUGAACAACUUCGCCGACAUGCACAACAAUGCGGGGGCCUUCUUCAACAUGAACAACAACGAAUUUCUUCAAAUGUGUAACAACAAUUUCAAUUUGGCCAAUGGAGGAAAUAUGGAUGCGAACAAUCCCAAAUACCUACACGUGGAAAAUGGCCUGGGCAGUACAAAUGGCAUAAACAACAACCCAGGCAGUAACACCAUGUUCAACCCGAGUAAUAACAGCGUGUAUGAAGGGAACUACACCAUGCAGGCUAUGCGACCAGGAAACACUCAUAUGGACGUAGGAAAUAUGAAAGAGCAUUACAUGAAUUACGGAAACAAUGUCAUGAUGCAAAAUAACAGCGACAUAUUCUACAAUGAACAUAAGGAAAAAAAUUAUAUGCAUAUGACUGGUAAUUUGAACAUGAGCCCAAGUGGGAACAAAUUUCAUGAAGAGAAAAAAAAUAAUGGCUACUUUCUAAAUAGAAAUAUGCAAGAAAAGUAUGAAGAAGAUAAGAUGGUACAAAAUGGCUACCUCAAAAUGAAUGUGAACGAAUUGAACAAACACGAAAAUGAUAAUUUUAACCACCACAUGGUUAAAAACGAGUGGCUACAUUUCAACAAGGAGGAUUUAAAAAUGGAUACCGAGAGUAACAAUAUGGUCGUAACGAUGAAGGAAAACAUACCAAGUGAAAAACAAAUGAAUGAAAAUCUAGAAGAUAGUCUAAAUUAUAAUGAAGCCAACACAUUAAACUUGCUAAAUAUUGCUUUUAAUGAAAUUUAUCAAAAUAAAAAAUAUCUGAUUGAACAAAUUAUUACCAAAAAAUUCAUGUACAAGCUAGCUAAAAUUCUGAGAGAUAUUAAUCCGGACAGUAUUAAAAUUAAGGGAAGACAACUGAAGUGGUUGAUAGAACUCAAGAAAGGGUCCAUGAAGAAGGAGGGGAUGGUACCAGAUACGGAAAGGGAUAACGUCGCCCCCUAUGAAAACGCAAACAGUGAUGGUGAAAACGCUCAGGGGCAUGCCGAUGAGGUAUCAGAUAAAGUGGCCAAGUUGGAAGAUGGGCACGUUGAGGAACACGAGGCCCGGGAAAAGGGUGCGUCAGGCAAUGGUAGUAUGGAUAAGAAGAAGAGCAACAGUGGCAGCAGCGGCGGUGAGGUUGGCGAAGCGAGCGAGGUCAACGGCGUGAACGAGGCCAGCGAACCGAAGAAAGAGGCGGAGCCAAAGAAGAAAAAAAAGAAUAAGAAGAAUAGCGACAAGUCUGAGAAAAGCUCCAGCCUGAACGAAUCCCACUCCAACGACGCGAAUAAUGCAAACAGUGCAAACAGCGCUAAUGAUAAAAGCGACCCAAAGAAUAAAAAAGAAGGAGAGGAUAAAACGGUAGAAGGCAGCCCUAGCGCGCAAGGCGAACUUAAGUGUCAAAAUAAGGGCACUGACCAGCCUCCCACGCAGGAGGAUAAAAGUGGCUUGGCGGACAAGCAAGGGAAGAAUUGCAAAAAGGGUAAAGAAGACUCAGCAGAAGAAACUGCCAACACUCCUAAGAAGAAAACAAAAGACUCAAAGGAAACCGCCCAUAGAAUCAGCGCCAACGCGGAGAAUGCUAAAAGUAGCGGAAAUAAAAGCGACGAAAGUGCCAUAAGCGAACUUGGGCAAGAGGACCACAACAGUGGAGGAAGUACAACUAAUCAGAGGAAAAAUGAAUCGUCUAGUGGUGAGUAUAAAGAAGAGGACGUAAAUCUGAACCCAUUUGCCAAAUCGAGUAAUGAUGACCCAAUGGAGGAAAACGCGUGCGGGAGUGAAAGCACGGAUGUGGAGUUUUAUAUGGAUAGCACUGAUGAAGACGAAAACGAUGAUAGCAAGUAUAUCACCGGAAUUAAUGAUCGUUACGAAGAAAAAAUAAUUGAAGAAGACGUAGUUAUAAGAAGGGACGUUUUUUUCUUUAACUUGUUAAAAUAUAUUAUAAAAAAAAAAACAUCAGAAGAUAUGCUCAUAUAUUUACACCUACUCAGUGCCAUCAAAAUGGACAAAAUAUUUGACCACGUUACGCAUCUGUCCUGUGAGAUUUUUAACACCUUAUUAAAUUUUAUAGAAAUAACAAAGGAUUCCUCAACGUACAGAUUGCUAUUAAAAAAUUUAGGGGCCUGGAUAGGCAUAAUAACCUUAGGAAGAAACAAACCGCUCAUGUCAAAGCAUAUGAACAUUAAGCAGCUGAUUUUGUACUCAUAUGAUAAUGGCUACCUGAUAGUUACCUUUCCAGCUGUGUGUAAAAUUUUAGAGAGUAUUAAAAAUUCUAAGAUCUUCAAGCCGCCCAAUCCAUGGACCGUUGGCAUUUUAAAUCUACUUGGUGAACUACACGAAGCGCAGUCACUGAAGACCAUUUUAAUUUUUGAAAUAGAAUUGCUGUUUAACUAUUUUAAGAUUAAUGUGUUUGAUUAUUACAACAAGUGCAACAUUAUCAAGUGUCGUAAUUUGCCCAUUAACACGAAUGAUCUGUUUAUUAGGAAUAGCUUCAAUGAGAACAGCACCUUGAGUGUGAAUUACCUGGGUGAGAGUAGUAGCCAAUCUGGACGAUACGUAACCCCAGUGCAAAUGCAUAUGUUUAACAAGUCGUACAAUGCGUGUGGUAAUUUUUACGGAGAAAAUUUCGUGCAUCAAAAUGGAGCAAGUGGUAGCGUUAAUGAAAGUGUGAGAAAUAAUGAGAGAGGUGGUAGGGCACUGGAGGCAAUCGCAGCCGAUGGACCAGAUUCAUUCCUACUUGGUAAGGACCCCAGAUUCAAUGCUAUGAAUAAUUAUAAUAGCAUGUCCUCUAUUAUGGCGACCAUGAGUAGCAACAACAACGCGAACGAGUUUAUGAACCAUAGAAAUGGAAGCUCAAAUUUGUUAAUUAAAAGUAGAAAGGGCGAAGAUAUGAAGGAACCGAAUAACGUUAUGGAAGUCUGUUCCCUGCUUGACGCCACCAACCUCAGCGGCAAUAUAAAUAACAACAAUAAUGCUAACGGCAUGAACCCGGGAAUGAUGAACAGCAUGGGCAUUCUCAACAAUGGAAAUAAAAACGACGCCCCCAACAUGGCAUUCAACUCGUCAGUAGAUAUGAUGCUCCUGAACAACAAGGGAGCGAGUGGUGGAAGUAAAAGCAGAUUCAUGAGCUCCAAUUUAACCCAACCGUUGCCCUCCAAAGGAUUCCAGAAAGGUGUAGAAAAUGGAUUUAUAAUGGUGAACAAAAAUAAUAUGAAUAACGAAAUGAUGGUAAAGAAUAAUAACGCGAUGAAAAAAUUAUCCCCAAGUAGCAACACGAAGGAAAAUCAAUCCAUGUCAGUUUUUAAUUAUAUGAAUGGAGCUGCUGGUGACCCUAGUAAAUUUAACAAUCUUAUGUAUGUAGGGGAGAAUGGUGCCCCUUGUGGUGGAGCCAUGGGUACUAGCAGUAUUGCAAAUAGGAGCGGCGAUUUUUCUGUGCUGUUGAAUAACGAGGGGUUAGCAGCAAAAGGGAACGGAAGCAACAUCAAUGAGGAUGCACUACUGAAAGAUUUAAAACUUUCUACUAAGAAGAAGGACAAACUGAAUGACGCAGAGUUUAAGGACAACUCGUACAAAGUUGCAAACUAUUUGAUGGGUAAAAAUAAACUCCCCGUAAGCAACAAACACGAUGGACCAUACAGAAGCAUUGAUUUGAAGAACGCGAAAAUGCCAUCGAAGAAUGAAAUUUAUGAAAAUCCCAAGAGGGAGUGCUAUGUGUCGUCGCCAUCGAGUAGCUUUAACAUUAAGAACAAUUUUGGGGAACCAGCAUCAGGUGUGAAGAGUGGUGCCGGCAUUCCUGCGUCCCCACUUCCUCUACCGAUGUUGGACAAGUUCAAGGCGAGCGAGCAGGUUGGAAUGAACAUGGUUAGCGGCGUUGGAAAUGCUAAUGUCGGCAUGUCCAAGGGCAGAAAUGGAAGUAAUGGAAAGGCCAGCAUGCUAGGCAUGGGCAACAGUGGUGCUGACGGGGUAAACACAAAUGGUGUGCCCUCAUCUGCAUAUGGGGUGACGAGCGACAUGAACCAAAAAAUGCAUAGUACACCAAUGUACCAAGAAAACGUGAAUAACAACAAAUUUAACGAAAUGCUAAACGAAGAAAUAUUAAACAUUUUGAAGAAGAACGUAGUUAUAUCAGCGAACAUUGUUGCAGCGAUUAAAUUAAGCCAAAAGUGUAGAAUGCUAAUUUAUUUAGCCUUCGACUCAGCCAUCAAGGAAAUAAUUACCUCCGUUGUUGAUCGAUUUGUCCUCAUUGGGUGUAUAACUACGAGAGAAUUAGUUAAGAAAGAUUUUGUGAACGAAUCUAAAGAAACGAUUAUGCAUAAGGCAUCCCUACUAAUGGCCACGAGCAUCUCGUCCUCCCUUGUUCUAGUAUCCUGCAAAAAACCAUUAAGGAACAUUUUAAUACAAAAUUUGAGAAACAUUUUUGACCAAAACUGCCCCCCAGAAAUCAGUGCCACAAUUGUGGACGAUGUCAUCAGAACAUUAAUUAAUGAAAAUAUAAAUUUAAUUUAUUCUAUAAUCGAACAAGUGGUCAUUGAAAAAUCCUCCAUCGAAAUUGAAGAAAUCAUGAAACCCAUUUAUGCCUCCAGAAAAUAUGCACGUAUACACAAAUUAAACAUUAAGGAAAAUGCCAACAAUAAAUACUACAACGCUUUACCCAUCUUUUUGAAGGCGCAUAAUAUAACCCUAAAGCAUAUUCAAGUGUAUAAAAAUUUUAUGAACUUAAAAAUUUUGUCCAAUUUGCAGCAGAAAUUGUUUUCGCCUGGGGGAGUUGAUCAUGAGGGAGGCUCCAGUGAAGGUGAGAACGCUCCCCCCCCUGGAUAUGUGCCAGGUGGCAGGUACCAAAAUGGUGGAAACUACCCAAAUGGCGGCAAUUACCAAGGUAGGGCGAAUUUUACCAACGAUGGGAACAUCCAAGACGGAUCCAAUGGAGUAGUCGGCCCGAACUACCAAAGCUGUCAAAAUAGGGAGAACAGCGAAAACGUGCCAAAUGAAGCACCCGGGGACACACCGUUCUACAACAACAAAAAGUACAUUUCGAAUUCGCUGGAUGGAAGGAACGAAGAAAUGGCCAGAUAUCCAAAGGAGCAGGAUGGAGAGUAUUGUAAGAACGGCCCACUCAAGACCAACCGCAAGGAGGAGCUGAAGGAAGACGGCGACAAGGGGAGUAGGUAUUUGGAAGACAAGUACUAUAAAGAAAGAAGUGGAGACAACGAGGAGAAUAACGAGAACAGCGGAUGCAGUGCAGGAAACAGCAUCAUUGGAGUGUCGCCUCAGAAAAGUGGAACUUCGGCGAGCACAGGUUACACAGGAAACGGAGCAAAGUACGCGCAUGGAAAAAGUAACGGCUCCAAAGAUAGUGCGAAUUUUCACCUAGGUAAUAAUAUGAAUAGUAAUAAUAAUAUAAAUUGUGUGAAUAACUUGAAUGAGCUGAACGACAUUGAUAAUAUGAAUUAUAUUAUGAAUGUUCCUUCUGUUAGCAAUCCUAAGGGUGUCAGUGGUGUUAAUAGUGCUAAUAUGGUUAAUUGGGCUAACAACGCUAAUACUGUGAGUACUGUUGAUAAGGCCAGCAACGCCAACUGCGCAAACAGCCUUAACAAUAUUGACAAUACUAACAGUAUUAACGCUGUUGACCAGGUUAACAAUAUUAACGGUGUUAACAGUGCGGGCGACAUUAAUAAUAUUAACAGUGCUAACAGCACCCUCGGGGCCAACUUUGUGAAUCUCCAUAAUUCACACAACACCCCUAACGCUAUGUAUGUAUUUAAAUCUCCAAAUAAUUAUAACUGCAAUAAUAAUGAUUAUAAUUUUAAUACAAAUAAUAGGUAUGUGAACGUUGAAAAUUAUAACAUCUCGGGUAUCACACUGGGGAAUAAUUACGUUGGGAAGAACUUCGGCGAAAUGGAUAUCAGCGCACAGUCGGGACAUCAUAACAACUACGAGGACAGAAGUGGCAGCUGUGUACUAUCAUCACCCGGUGUUGCAUCUGCGCCAGCAUAUGCAAUUCCAUUCGCUCCCUUUGCAGCUUCUUCGCCUAUCCAUCCUGCUUCGUCUCCUAACGUUGCCACUUCUGCGCCCGCGUUUGUUACGUCCAAAUUCGCAAACGGCGAUUACGCCUGUAGCAUGCCCGACAUGGUUAGCAACCUGAACGGAAACACGAAUGCAAUGAGAAUUCCCCAUGAAGAAGAAGCCUUUUUUAACAACUUUGCGAAGCAUGAUCACUACAUGGAAAACCUCAAGAACGGUACCAUCAAGACGGACCUUGUGGGAAAUUUGAAAAAUGGAAAUUUCACGUAUUACGGGAAGAACUCAGUUUUUUUUGCUCCUGAACAAGGCAACAAUGACAGUUACUCCAAAAUGGACCCUUCCAUGUGCAUGGGUGUGGACGCCGCGAUGAUGAUGCAGAGGGUGGAAGCAGAGCAGAAGGGGACCCCUGCUGCUGCUGCUGAUGAUGAUAACGGAAUCAGCUCAAACCAUGUUACGGGCAACAAUGUUAACGGCAACUUGCGUAGUGGUAACGCCGACCACAACGGACAGCGCAGAGAUGGGGCCAUCCUGUACUUGAAGAAAAUAAAAAACGUGAAUAUCUCAUGCAAGCAAAAGUUCCUCUUCUUCAUAUCGAACAUAUUUUUAAAUGAAAGCACCAAGAAAAUGAGUGUAAAAGAAAUAAUCCCACUCUUCGAAGUUGUCAUGGUAAGCAUUAAGGACUUUGUCAAAUAUAUAAAGGUCUUCCCUCCCUCCAUGCCAUCAGUGCACAACUUUAAAAACUACUGUAAUGUGAAGACACCGUACUAUAAGUUUGAAAAAUUAACAUGCGCAGCUACCCAUUCCCUCUUGGUACUAACAUACCUUUCGACUGAUCACGAAAUUUUUGUUCUUUGCAAAUUACUUAUUUUGAUAUGCGAAUCUGCAUCAGAUAGGAAUGAGACUUACAAAAUUAUAGGCACUAAACUGUUUAAGAUAAUUCAGGAGGCCAUAAAAAAAAUGCUUGUCCUUUUAAACCAGGGCGAACAGAGUGCAAGGGAGGAAACCGUAACUUCACUAAUCCACAGUGGGCAAGAAGGCGAGAAGGACAGUGCUAACGGUGUAAGUGGCAUAAGUGGCGGAAACUGCGAUGACACUAUUAGCAGCAGCCUCCGCGGUAAGGAUGAUACGCCCUGCCAAAGCACAACGAAUGGAAGCGCGCGUGAGGACAAUUCUGUGCACACCAAGCCGGGGAACACAAACGAACUGUUCCUGCACCUGGAGGUACUCCUGUGCAUAUUAGAGAAAAUGUGCAGAAACAACAAAGAACUGAAGAAACUAGUUAGCUCCUACAUAGAAGACACCCAGGGCUACAACGUAAGCCACAUGGUCCCAUUCAUCCGUUACAACAUCAUUCAUCACAAAAAGUUAAACCAAAUGAUGUGUAAAAUUUUGAGGUAUAGUAGCAACCUUUAUUUUGUUUCAUUUUGCGCGGAGCUCAUAAACUAUGUAGUUAUUGAGAAAAAGUAUUUGGCUGUGGAUCAUGUUAAAAAGACCAUUAAAAAGUUAAUCGUGAUAAAUAAAAUGUUGUGCAGUGAUAAGCAAUAUGUUAACUUGCCUGAUACGGAAGAGGCCCUCCUGGAAAGCACGCAAAAGGAAUUGCAACAAAUGGUUGAGGGGCUUAAGCGUUUGAAGAAGCAGGCCAGGGAAGCACAAAAAGAGGAAGAAUCCAUAAAAAUGCGUAUCAAUCUGACGGAGUACAUAUUCCCGACGAAGGGAGGCAGAGAAGAGGCACGGAAGGAGAUGCAUCGGUCGGAUGGCGAAAUGAAUGGGGAAUACACCCAAAAGCAGAGAAGUAGCAAAAAAGACCCAGGCGUGUCGAACAAGUGUGAUGAACAGAAGGAGCAAGUGCUCAAAGAAAAGAACAACCAGACGAUGCCCAUUUCGUUGACCCACCAAAGUAGCAACAACGAGUGCGCGAAUAAAUCAUCCGUCACAUCCGCCGAGAGCACAAAUAAUCCACCCAACGCUGGAAACUCCUUUUUUAUAGCAAACGUAAAAAUUCAAUAUGAUCAUAAUAACGUAAAUGAACGCACCAUGUAUUUGUUGGAAAGACUGAGCAUAGAAAAUAAAAACAUCAACACCGAGAAAAUUAUCAGGAAGGAAAUUGUGAGCAACGAUUUGAAUGGAGAAGGUAGCUGUGAAAAGCGGGAAAGUGGGGAUCUGAAUUGGGAAAACACGCACAGCGAUAACAAGGAACAACACAUCAAGCAUCAUUUAAAAAAUGACUCUGCUGUAGGUGUAAAUAGUAGCACUGUUAAAACGCAAGAUGGAAAUGUUAGAAAUGUCGAGGAUAGUACGGAACAGGGCCCAAAUGCACCCCAAGAGAAGAAAGAUUGUAGCUCCUCCUCAUUGUACUCUUUUGAAUCGGACAACUCAGACAUGUCAGAUUAUUCUUCGUCCUCCUCCAAUUCGUUUUUACCAACCAGGCAGGGCGAGGAGGAAGAGGAAAAAAAAGACUACAUGAAUGACCCAUUUUCGUCUAGCUCCUCUGUCGUCUCGUCCAUGUCGAGUGCAUCCGCCCGAAGCGCUUUGUCAGCAUCCUACCAUGACAUGCAGUUAGAAUUACAAAAGGAUACAAAUUUGAAGGUCCCCGAGAGCCAGAACAACAGCCUAAUAAACAACUACGUCCCCGGGGUUAAAGAAAACAACGUGAAUAAUAAGCCCCCAGAAAAGUACAUGCACCAUUACUACGUACGCGACUUGUUACACGAACCGAUAAAGUGCAAGUUUUUGCCUGCCCCGCCUGUAGUGAAAGAAGAAAGGGGGUUAUUUAUUGCGUACCUUUUUGCGGAGUGGUACUUGUUGUAUAAAAAUUAUUUAAACAUUUUGAAGAUGAGCAUUUGGAACCCCAUGCUGGAGAUCAUCAAGCAGCAACACAUUUUAAAGUGUGCAAAAUAUUUGGUGAAACUGUGGAACAUUGGCUUUCUGUGUAUGGACCACAUUACGGAUCAGUUUCUGUCUCAUUCGAUUAGCAUUUCGGUUAGCAUAGCUGUGCAGAAUUUGAAGAAGUCGGCACAUGAUAUCAAACUGGAUGACACCGUAAAUGAGGACAAUGCAAGUAACAGGGGGGACCAACCCUUAGAGGGAGGUGUAUCAUGCAAAACGGAUGCAGCAGAAGUGAAGGAAACAAACGAGCAACUGUUACGUGCGAACGAAUCGCCCGAGGAGACUCUACAAAUGGGAGAGGUUACCGGAAAUAAUGACCAUUCCAACCAGAUAGCACCGAAGGAGGGGGAAAAGAAAAUGACCAAUGAAAAUUUUGUGAAGGAUAAAACAAGCGAUGCAGAGUUAAGAGAAACGCACAAAACAAGUGAUUUACUAAAUUACAGCUACGUGGAUGCCUGGUGCAAAAUGGUCGUAACGAUGAGCAAGCUAGUAGAACAAGAACAGCUGUCCCCAGUAAUCCUACAGAGGGCCCUCCAUGUCAUAUGCAGAGUCAUACACAAAAAGUGCGAAACUGAAAAGAAGACAUUUAAUCAGAGACCUUACUUUAGGCUACUACAUUGUUUGCUGGUCGAUAUUAACGAAAGUUGCGUGUAUGCAAAUGACAUAUAUAUUUAUAUGGAUUGCUUUGCCAACUGCUUUUCCUUGUUGUCCCCAUUAAAGGUCCCAUCAUUUUGUUUCUCAUGGUUAGAGCUCAUAUCUUCUAAAUAUUUUAUGCCCAAAAUGUUGGCCAAAAUUUGUGGCUGGGAAGCAUACAAAGGGUUGCUAGUUGCCUUAUUCACAUUUAUGAAUUCUUUUUUAAAAGAGGCAAAGAUAUCAAAAGCGAUAGAAGCGUUGUACAUAGGAACAGUAAGAAUACUAUUGGUGCUGCUACAUGAUUUCCCAGAUUUUUUAUCCUGCUAUUAUGUAACAUUCGGCACUUUAUUUCCACUGAAUUGUAUCCAGUUACGAAAUCUUGUUCUCUCCGCCUUUCCAAGAAACAUAAAAUUGCCUGACCCGUUCAUGUCAGAUGUAAAAAUUGAUUUGUUACAAGAAAUUAAAUUAGUGCCAAAAAUUUUGACAAAUAUCAUAUUCCCUCUCUGCAGAAAGAAAUUAAAAAAUGUAAUUGAUGAGUAUUUUACCAAUCGGGAUUUUACCCUACUGUUGCAUAUUAAGGACAAAUUAUUGUUUGCGAAAAGGAAGACAUACCAGUACUCUCUUAAGUAUGACGUGGAUGUUUUAAACUCGCUCAUUAUGUACGUAGGAACAAGUAUUUGUAAAGCCAAGGUUAAUAAUAUGUUCAAAUUUAACAGUAACUGCGACCCUGUACUGUUACUGAAAUGUGAAGAUAGCAAUGGCAAUGUGCCUGAUGAUAAAAACGAAUUAUUGCAAGAAAUUAUUCUGCGAGAACCGGUGGAGAAAAAAAAAAAACAAAAAAAAAAUAUUGUUUCCACUACGAAACGGAAUAAAGAACAAAAAAUACAUAAAGACCAGUCGGAACCCAACUUGUCCAAAAAAUAUGUAGAACUUAUGAGGGACAACAACGAGGGGGAAAAUGAAGGACAAGAAUUUUCUGAUAACUACGAUGACGAAAAUGGUGAAGCUCUGCUGAUGGAGAACCAGGAUGACCGUGCCGAUAAUGACAGUGACAAACGCAGAGAUGCAAUUUGCCAAAGAAGAAAGAAGCAAAGGAACGUUAUUGUUGUAAAGAACAAUUUGGCCUACACACUGUUCCUGUUCUUAUGCAAAGAGUUGGACAUGGAAGGGAGGUACUUGCUCCUAUCAAAUAUCGUGAAUCAUAUUAGGUACCCUAAUUCGCACACCCACUAUUUUUCUUGCGUCAUUUUAUUUCUGUUUUCGCAAUCAAAUGAUGUUGUCAUUCAAGAGCAGAUAAUUCGAGUACUGCUGGAGCGCAUCCUUGCGCAUAGGCCUCACCCUUGGGGAUUGCUGAUAACCUUUAUCGAGUUAAUAAAAAAUGCCAAAUUCCACUUUUGGGAAUGCCCAUUUGUCCACGCCGCAACAGAGAUAAAGAAGUUGUUCCAGUCAGUUGCGCAAGCAUGCCUGGGGCGCACUUAA